AUGUCUGGCCGUAAAGGGGGUAAAUUAAAGCCUCUAAAGCAAAAAAAAAAGAAUAACCAAGAUGAUAUGGAUCCAGAAGAUUUAGCUUUUAAAGAAAAGCAAAAAGCUGAUGCUGCUGCAAAGAAGGCUAUGAUGGCUAAUGUCAAAUCUGGUAAGCCAUUAGUUGGUGGUGGUAUUAAAAAAUCUGGUAAAAAAUAG